AUGGGAAAGGAUCCCGGGGACCACCCAGCCCUGCCUGGUGGCUGUCGCUCCUCCGAUGGGGCGAGGGGGGGGGUCCCUGGUUGACACACCCCAGGGCAUCUCUCCACAGAAUGGCGCUGUGCCCGGGGAGCGGGGCAAGCAGGACAAGACCGUCAAACGUGGCAACUGGGGCAACCAGAUUGAGUUCGUGCUGACCAGCGUGGGCUACGCCGUGGGGCUAGGCAACGUCUGGCGCUUCCCGUACCUCUGCUACCGCAAUGGGGGAGGUGCCUUCAUGUUCCCCUACUUCAUCAUGCUGGUGUUCUGUGGCAUCCCCCUCUUCUUCAUGGAGCUCUCCUUUGGGCAGUUUGCCAGCCAGGGAUGCCUCGGCGUCUGGAGGGUCAGCCCCAUGUUCAAAGGCGUGGGCUACGGGAUGAUGGUGGUGUCCACAUACAUCGGGAUCUACUACAACGUGGUGAUCUGUAUUGCCUUCUACUACUUCUUUGUGUCCAUGACGCGUGUGCUGCCCUGGACGUACUGCAGCAACCCCUGGAACACGGGUGACUGCGCAGGGGUGCUGGAUGGGAACCUCUCCAGCCAUGCCACCCUCAACCUCACCGAUAUCCUCAAUGUCACCCAGAAGCGCACCAGCCCCAGUGAGGAGUACUGGAGGAGGUAUGUGCUGAAGCUGUCGGAUGACAUCGGAAACCUGGGCGAGGUGCGGCUGCCCCUCCUGGGCUGCCUUGGCGUCUCCUGGGUUGUCGUCUUCCUCUGCCUCAUCAAGGGCGUCAAGUCCUCGGGGAAGGUGGUGUACUUCACGGCCACCUUCCCCUACGUGGUGCUCACCAUCCUCUUUGUGCGUGGCAUCACGCUGGAGGGGGCCCUCACUGGCAUCAUGUACUACUUGACACCCCAGUGGGACAAGAUCCUCAAUGCCAAGGUGUGGGGUGACGCAGCCUCGCAGAUCUUUUACUCGCUGGGCUGUGCCUGGGGCGGGCUCAUCACCAUGGCCUCCUACAACAAGUUCCACAACAACUGCUAUCGGGACAGCAUCAUCAUCAGCAUCACCAACUGUGCCACCAGUGUCUAUGCUGGUUUUGUCAUCUUUUCCAUCCUGGGCUUCAUGGCCAACCACCUGGGCGUGGAUGUCUCCAAAGUGGCCGAUCAUGGACCUGGCCUGGCCUUUGUUGCCUACCCUGAGGCACUCACCUUGCUCCCCAUCUCACCACUGUGGUCCAUCCUCUUCUUCUUCAUGCUUAUCCUCCUGGGGCUGGGUACACAGUUUUGCCUGUUGGAGACGCUGGUCACGGCCAUUGUGGAUGAGGUGGGCAAUGAGUGGAUCAUCCGCAGGAAAACCUUUGUAACACUGGGGGUGGCCGUGGCAGGCUUUCUGCUUGGCAUCCCGCUCACCACGCAGGCGGGCAUCUACUGGCUCCUGCUGAUGGACAACUAUGCUGCCAGCUUCUCCCUGGUUGUCAUCUCCUGCAUCAUGUGCGUGGCCAUCAUGUACAUCUAUGGGCACCGCAACUACUUCAAGGACAUUGAGAUGAUGCUGGGCUUUCCUCCUCCACUCUUCUUCCAGAUCUGCUGGCGCUUCAUCUCCCCUGCCAUCAUAUUUUUCAUCCUGGUCUUCACAGUGAUCCAGUACCGGCCCAUCUCCUACAACGAGUAUGUCUACCCCACCUGGGCCAUCAGCAUUGGUUUCCUUAUGGCACUCUCUUCUGUCAUCUGCAUCCCCAUCUACGCCAUCUACAAAGUGUGCUGCUCUGAGGGGGACACACUGCUUGAGCGCUUGAAAAAUGCUACCAAGGCAAGCAAGGACUGGGGCCCUGCGUUGGCAGAGCAUCGCAGUGGGCGCUAUGCCCCAACAUUC